AUUUUCAAGAAGCAAGCAAAACAUUUUUCAGUGCGUCGCAGUUUGAGGUUAUUCGUUCGUACGUAGAAAAAUCUGUGCAAAAAUAUGGCCUUACACGUCCCGAAAGCUCCCGGCUUUGCUUCCAUGCUAAAGGAAGGCGCUCGCGCGUAUUCCGGCUUGGAGGAAGCAGUGUACCGAAACAUUAACGCAUGCAAAGAGUUUGCCGCAUCCGUCCGUUCAGCCUACGGACCCAAUGGAAUGAAUAAGAUGAUUAUCAAUCAUAUCGAGAAACAAUUUGUGACUUCCGAUGCGGGAACGAUUAUGCGCGAGCUGGACGUAGAACAUCCGGCAGCAAAGCUGAUGAUUCAGGCUAGUCAAAUGCAGGAAGCAGAGGUCGGUGACGGUACCAAUUUCGUGAUCAUUUUCUGUGGUGCGCUGCUGGCCGAAGCGGAAGAAUUACUGCGGCUCGGUGUAACCACCAGUGACAUUACGGAAGGAUUCGAGAAGGCACUGGAUAAAGCUUUGGAAAUUCUACCGAAGCUCGUUUGUCACGAAGUCAAGGACUAUCGUAAUGCUGAGGUGGUCAAGGACGCUAUUAAAGCAUCGAUUAUGUCCAAGCAACUGGGCUAUGAGGACUUUAUUUCCGAGCUGAUUACAAAGGCAUGCGUUUCAAUUCUGCCGGAGAAAACGACUUUCAACGUUGAUAACGUAAGAGUUUGCAAAAUUCUCGGCAGUGGACUGCACACCUCUGAGGUGGUUCAUGGAAUGGUGUUCAAGCGAUUUGUUGAGGGUGAAGUCGCAACGGCUAAGGACGCAAAAAUUGCUUUGUAUUCCUGCCCUGUGGAUAUUAUUCAAACGGAAACAAAGGGAACAGUUUUAAUUAAAACUGCUGAGGAAUUGAAAAGUUUCAGCCAAGGUGAGGAAAAUCUGCUGGAGUCGCAGAUCAAGGCCAUCGCAGAAACUGGAGCUAAAGUCAUUGUGGCUGGUGGCAAAUUCGGAGACAUGGCGCUGCACUACAUGAACAAGUACAAUUUGAUGGCAGUUCGUCUCAAUUCCAAGUUUGAUUUGCGUCGUUUGAGCAAAGCAGUCAACGGAACUGUAUUGCCACGAUUGACCCCGCCCAGCUCGGAAGAGUUAGGUUAUUGUGACAAUGUGUAUGUCAAUGAGCUAGGCGAUACUUCGGUUUGUAUUUUCAAAUCUGAAGGCGCUGAUAGCCGAAUCGCUACUAUUGUGAUUCGUGGCUCCACGGAUAACUACAUGGAUGACAUCGAAAGGGCAAUUGACGACGGUGUAAACACAUUUAAGGGUUUGACCAGGGAUGGACGUUUCCUGCCUGGAGCAGGCGCAGCUGAAAUAGAACUCGCUCAACAAUUGGCCGAAUACGCUGACACUCUUCCAGGACUCGAUCAGUAUGCUGUUCGAAAAUUCGCGGUUUCCUUGGAAGCAUUCCCGAAGGCACUCGCCGAGAAUACCGGUGUCAAUGCGACCGAAGUCGUCAAUCAAUUGUAUCUUGCACACAAGGAAGGCAAAAAGAAUGAGGGCUUUGACAUCGAUUCCGAACUGCCAGCGACCACCGAUGUCACCGAAACUAAAAUCUACGAUCUGUUCCAGACCAAAUACUGGGCCCUAAAAUACGCGGUCGGAGCUGCUUGUACGAUUCUGAAAGUUGAUCAAAUCAUUAUGGCGAAACGAGCUGGUGGACCCAAACCACGACAAGGUGGAGCCAACAGUGACGAUGAAUCCUAAGCUAUUCUUAUUCGCUUAUCGGAUAUACUAGGUUCUUCAUGCUUUAUAAUAAUAUCGUUCACCAUUGAGUAAGCAUUACCAAUCGCUAAUCUACUCAUUUUAUCUUAGUUCCGCAGAUCAACUAACGGUUUAGAAAUCACAUUAAUGCACUUUUUUCUGUUGCACUGCGCUGCAGUAACAGAUACUAAUAUAUGUU